ACACAUAUACUUGUUGGAUUUAGAGGACAUUAGAGAAACAGCAUCCAUAAGAACUCAUUUACAUGUUGUUCAUAGAAAUUUUACUGUUUAUCCAAAUAUUCACUGUUAUUAACCCGAUGAACUUUGUCACUUCAGAUGAAGACUUAUUACCUGAUAUUUUAAUGGACAGUCCGCACAUUGAAAAUGAUAUUCUGUUCAGUACAUCUUUAAUGAGCGAAGGUGAAUGGGAACACAUUAUAAGUAUGGUCUUAAAUUCGAUCGAGAAAGCUGUUAAUUUCUUGUGGAAACAUAGACAUAAAGUCAAUUUAGACGGCUACAUUGGACCUAGAAUGGUAGAAAGUGUCAUUCAGGCAUUAUUGAAACUGUAUGAACAGAAAAUACCAUACAGUGUUGUUGUACGAAUGCAAAUUAUUUUGAGAAAUAUACAAACGUUGUGUGACUUUGGUUUAUAUUAUGUGCCAAAAGAAACUCCAUUUUAUUUUUCAAGAGUAGGAUUUUUGCUGAAUCCACAGCUUUGGAACAGAUUUUAUCCAGUCACAUUGCUAAAUUAUUCUUCGAUAUACCAUUCAAAGAAUGAAGAGGGUUCAAUGACAGAAUAUGAUAGCGAUAAAUGUCUCCAAGAGUUCCUUGAUAAAACAGAUGAUGGCUUGUGCGAAAUCUCAGAUAAAUGUUGGAAAUUAGUUACAGACGAAAGUGAAACAGAUUAUGGCCUAACACAUCAGCUUUUCUAUAUCAUGGUUGGUUUACAAAGUGACUGUGGCGAAACGAUGAACUAUCUUUUGAAAUCAUACCGACCGUGGAUGAAUACUGAAACAUAUAUGCAGCAGUUAUGUUCAAAUGUAGCCAUAGAAGCUCAGACUAUUGCAAAUAACAGCUUUCCGGUCGAAUGCAGAGAUCUUUUCAUGGAACAAGUUGGGUUCUGUGGUGUAGCUGGAUUUUGGCAAAUCUGUAGGAUGGAUUGGCUCGAUAAAAUUAUUGCAUGGCAAGAAGUAAAUGGUUGUUAUCAUAAGUUUAAUGAAGAAUUAAUAAAUCCAAGAAAUUUUGGUUCUAAUGAAUAUGGACACUACAAACGAAGAAAACGAUCUGAAGAAAUUCUAUCCAGUGGUCGUGAAGCUUGUUUAUCGCACAGAACAAGUGUAGCAUUGACGGCAUUGGGAGGUUAUCUAAGAUAUUUGGUUGAAUUCUACUAGAUAACUAAAUGCAUUUGUGAUCUAUUUUUGUUUUGUUGUCGAGUUUUAUUUUCAGAGAUGAAAAUUUAUUCUGAAGAAAAUAAUAAUUAUAACAUCUUCAUAUUUUUUUAUUAUUUUGUGGACAUCUUAUUGUAGACACAAACUCUGAAAUGACUGAUUGUUACAGUCAGUGUUAAAGAUACAGGCUGAUAACUUCCCGAACUAAUUAACCUCCUUUACUUUGUGCUAAAAACUCCACCUCUACUCGUAUUUCUAUCGUAUUACAUGUCAUAAUUGCUGCACAGGUGAUCGACUGAAAUUUUCUAUUGUUCUUCGCCCUUUAGCCACAAUUUAUUUGAACAGUUCUUUCAACAGUACACCUUAACUUUAGCCAACUAAACAUCGUAA